AUGGCUCUAGGUAGAUUUGAAGAUUUUGCUGCAAAAACUUCAGAAUAUGCAUUUUUCAAGAAAUUGAAGAAUGGUACUUGCAGUCAUAAUGUGAAUGUAGAUCGAAACAAUCAUGAUAGCCAGUUGAAGAGUGAUCGACAGACUGAUCAUAUCAACAGAGAAGAGAUUUCUCAUGUGCAGAAAGAGAGCAUUCAAUGUCCCAUAUCUUCGGCGCAGAUUCACCCUGUUGAGGAAGGACAAAAUGAUACCCGCUAUGACUUUCUUUCAACCCCAGCCCCGAGUUAUCGAACAGAGAACUUCAGGGUAAAGAAUGUAUAUGGAGCCAACACCGCAAAUCUAUCAAUCGGCCGUGUUGCAAAGAAGGCAGAGAAUAAAGGAAUAUUUUCUGCAAAGCGGGAGAAGUUACGCCAGUGGGUUGCAGAAAAUUCAUCAUAUGAUGUCAACAAGCUCUCUUCAAAGGGGUCUGAUUUGGUUUCUGCUCUAAUUAGUCGGAUACUGCCCGAGGACCAAAAGAAUAGUUCUCAGAGAGCUCCCGUGCCAUGUGAAGAUGAAACUGAUUUGCAAUCCAAGCUGUCUUCUUUUUCUGAACAAGAAGAUCCUGAAUUUUACAAAAGAAGAUUGAUUGAUUCUCGCCAUCUAUUGUACUUAGAUGAUGGUUUAUCUAGAUCGACAAAGAGAUAUGUAGAUAUGGAUCUCCUGGAAUGGGAUCCUACGGGUCAAGCUGCAAAGUCUAGUAUUCAAGAUAAUGGCUACCAUACCGAAGGUUACGGUAAAAAAUCCAGCUCUUUCCAUAUUUCAUAUAUGGAUGAUCAUUUUUCCAGAUCAAAAGGGGAACACAUAAAUUUGGAUCCCCUGGAAUGGAAUUCCAAAAGGGAACUCAUGGAUAUGGAUCGCCUGGAUUGGAAUCCUAGGGGCUCAGAAUUAAGUAUUCAACAUAAUCUCUGCCAUUCAGAAGACAGCUUCAAACUUCCAAACUUUGACAUGGAGAGUAUCUUAUCUUUUGACGUGCCUCUCUAUAGUUAUGAAUCUAACAACCCCGAAGAGCUUGAUAAAUCAUAUUUGCAUAAUGGACUUAAACUCUUGGAACCACCACGCCCUCUGUUGUUGGGAUGGGAUCACGGUAAAGAAGAAAAAUAUCAACUUUCUCCACUGAAUUUACACUCAGAAAUCAAUGCAAUCUCAAAUUCACAGAACGAUGACUACCAGAUUUUCAUGCCUAAUUCGUCCAUGUCUUCACCACCCUUGUCUCCUUAUAUCCGUAGACACCUUAAAAAAGAACACUUUUUUGAAUCAUCAACUCUACCAUACACACCAAAACAUCUUAUGCCAGUAGAAGAUUAUCCAUGGCGCAUGAAUGAAUUUUCAAAUGAGACAGAAAACCGUCGUUCAGAUCCUUUUGUAUAUCUGACUCAAUCCCCUGCCAGUAAUCUUUUAAGCUUUCUCAACACAGGCUUACAUUCAUUUGCUGUCAAUUAUGAAAAGGAAGAGAACUUUUUGAGCCCAGAACAUCUAUUCUCGGAAGGUAGAGUAAAAGCUUAUGGUUCAUCUAGAUACAUGGAAACACUUGAGGAUAGACAUUUUAACCACAUCAAAUACCCUUCGUUGCUUGAUGAUUCAAGCUUGAACGAUGAAUUGUAGCAACAUGUAUAAUGCUGUAAUUGUUGUCUCUAGAUCAUGCCAAAUGUGUUAUAAUAUAUUUUCCAGGUUUAGUUA